AUGUCUACCGACUCCCUCCCCAUCGAACUCGUGAUCAAAGUCGUCAAGUCUGCGUACGGUGGAGUCGACGGCCAGACCCUCGCAUCCUGUGUUCUCGUGUGCAAGACGUGGAGAGCUGUAUCCCGCCCAUACAUCUUCGAAUGUGUCAAAAUCUCCUCAAAUGAACGCCUUAUCGCUCUCGAAGACCUCGUCGAGCACGACGACGCCGUCGGUCCCUACAUCCGCACCCUCAUCGUCCGACCUUCCGUCGAGCUCGCCACAGUACCAUCGCCCUGGGUCAGCAAAUUUGCUAAACGACUGCCGGCGAAGCUUACACGGCUGCAAGCCAUCAAGCUCAUCUGCAUCUUCGAUCUCGGCGACGCCUUCGAGCACGGCCUCGUGAACGAGUUCUCAAAGUUCACACCCGUCGACCGCCUCAUCUUUGACCAGUGCGCGCUCAAUCUCACCCUCGUGUAUCCGCUCGCGGCGGCCCUCCCGCGCCUCCGGCAUCUCCACUUGGGUAUCAUUAUGCCUAUACCAUACGUGCUGCCCAACCUUCCUGAACAGCUGCAUCCCCUUCGGCUCACCUCAGCCGGACUGGACGUAGGCGACAUCUACCCAUAUGGGCUUCGGGAACUCGUAUCCGAGGUGCAGGCUCCGCUCCGAAGCAUCACCCUCGGCGUCCUCAACGUCGCUGACGCAGACACGCUGCCCAGCUUAGCACCGCUCGCGGCCGUCAUUAAUAACGACCUGAUGUCUACGCUGCAGGAGGAGCGGUUGUUGUACACCGGCCCUGUGCCGGAGAGGGUGGUCUUGCAGAAGCUGCAGAGGGAUCUGCCGGACAUACAUGCGAGGGGUGUCUUGUCGGUCGAGCGCGUUUGAGGAGAGCGUUCGAAGAUCUCUGUCGGCUAUAGUUCGAAACGAUAUCAACGACCGGGGAACAGGAUGGAAUCAUGUUUCUGAGCGAUAGCUUCUCUUCUGAUUAGGCCAAUAUGGCCACACUCGUGGGCUCAGCCAAGCUCCGACUUGACACGAGGUAUCCAAUACCAAUCGGGGCCAUCGUGGAACGGCAGAUAUAGCCAUUGUUCUCGCUGCGUACCCCCUAAACGACGCCUUCUGCGGGUUCUUUGUCCCUGCUCGAACCACAAGCGACGGUCUAGGCCUUUCUUCCUUCGCGACCCCCAUCCAAGCGAUGUCCAUUACGUCCGGGGAGGCCCGGCGGGACAUCUUUUACUGCGCGUGCGAUCGCGGACAAAGCUUGACAGGGCUCCUCUUGACGGCAUCUCAGCACACAGCGGCACACUGUCGUAAACAGGGGCACACUGCGGGACACGCACGCAUGGCUGCCCCGGAGCGUCUGCCGCGUGUGGGACUUCACGCAGCCCUUCGAGCCAGCGCCUCAGCUCGUUAUGCCGCUCAGGUCUAGGCUCCAGGAGGCAUUCAACUUUGGACCCACCCCCGCUUUUACCAUUUAUAUGGUUUGUUAGCCUAAGGCGAUUUUUCUGCUGUGUAGGUCCAGGCCUUCAGAUGAAACUAAUCCUCUUCAUGUACCAUUACAAGAUCAAUCAUAAGGGGAAAAGGUAUUAUAUGAUGAGGGC